UACAUUGGUUGUCUAGAGAACCGAUGUAAAAAUGUAUACAUUUUCUACGUCGCUCUAUUCUACAUCGGUUUUAGAACCGAUGUAGAUGACUUUAGAGAACUGAUAUAGAAUAUGCAUCUUGUAGUAGUGUGGUUCCCUGUCGUGAUGACCCACCUCCCUUGGAACCCUCGACAAUGUUGUCAAUAGAGAGUUUAGAAAUGGUUCCUUUUUUUGUUGGUUUAGAACCCUUCCCAGAAACAUGAUAUCAUUCCCCUCCUCUUUGGAAACACAAUCAAUUUGUUCCAAAUUAAGGCCCUCUUUGACUGUGAUGACGACGAAACCUAACGAUUGCAAGCAACAGAGGUUCUCCGAGGGGGAAGUGAUGAUUAGAAGGGUUAGAGAAGAAUUAGAGGGGGAAGGCCAGUUGAAAGGAUGCAGAAUUUCUGUGACUGUCUUCAUUAUUAUUUAUGGUAUGGCUACUAUGGAGAUAGUAUUGGAGUUAGAAGCCACGUCUACAACAUCGGAGCUUCGAUCAGAGGAAAUUGCAAUAAGCAAUAGUGGAUCGUGGCAAUUAUCAUGUCAUUAUAUUAUGCUAAGAGAAGGAGAAUUUGUGCUUAUAUGGAUUACGUAAUCAGCAUUGGAAAGUAAAUUUAACUAUUGAAGAAGUUCCUUUAGAGCUUCCUGAGCCUGUUCUGGACAUUAACUUUGUUGGGGAUGACAUCCAGGAAAAAGAUUGGUUAUCUUUAGUAAUUGUUCAUAGUUACACAUGGUUAUUUGUCCUUGCCUUUUAUUUUGGAGCCAGACUUGGAUUUGAUAAAAUUUAUACAUAAGUAUAUAUAUUAAUAUUUUUUUGUGUAA